AUGCUUAAAAAAACUAAUAAAAAUUUAAAAUUUUCAGGUUCUGUGAGGACAUUGACAUACAAUUAUGUCCAAAUUAAACCUUUCGCGACGAAAAUCAAAUACUUGCAGUCGGAGAUAAGCCGUUUAAAGAAUAGAGGGCAAUCCUUCAAGGCAAGGCUAGCAAAUGCUGCGAAAUUAUCUAAGGAAACAGUAUUUCAGCAAGUUGUCAAAAAUAUGAGGAAACCUGCCCAGUUAUUUGUCCAUAUGCAGAUGCAAUGUUUAAAGAAACCCAAAGGUAGACGAUUUACAAUGGAUGAAAAAAUCCUUGCAUUAUCAAUGUAUAAAAAAAGUCCAAAAGCCUAUUCAUUAUUAUAUAAAUAUUUUACAUUGCCCUCAUCAAAAGCAAUGAAACGGUUGCUCAGUCAAAUUAAAUUGUGCCCUGGUAUUAAUCCCAUUUUAUUUGAAAAAAUUAAAAAGACUGUACUCGAAAAGGAUACUCCUGAUCGACUUUGCAGUCUUAUAUUUGAUGAGAUGUCUUUGACUCCCCAAAUAUUUUAUAAUAAUCAAAAAGAUGCAUUUGAAGGGUUUGCCACUUCUCAAGUUACAAAAUUUGCUGACCAUGCUCUUGUUUUUAUGGUAAAAGGCUUAAAACAAAAUUUUAAACAGCCGGUCGCCUAUUAUUUUACCAAUAGCUUGCAAAAAAAUGAGCUUAAACCUUUGAUUAAAUGUGUCAUAACUGAAGUCCAAAAAUCUGGCCUAAUAUUAAUUAAUACUGUAUGUGACCAAAGCUCUGUAAAUGUUGGUGCUAUAACAGAUUUAGUUCAUGACACAAGAGCGAGGUUUUUGCGACUUGAUAAAGAGUGGCGCCAUGAUGUAUUUACUAUUAAUGGUCACGAUAUUAUUCCAUUGUAUGAUGUUCCUCAUUUAUUGAAAGGAAUUAGAAACAAUUUAUUGAGUAAAGAUAUGAUGUAUAAAUCAAACAAUGAAAAUAAAAUAGUUAAAUGGCAAUAUUAUCAGCAGGUAUAUACAGCUGAUAAAUCACAUGGGGAGCUCCGAUUAUUAAAUAAAAUAACGGAAGAACAUAUUGUCCCCGAGAAAAUAAAUAAAAUGAGGGUCAAAUCUGCAACACAGGUUUUCAGCCACAGUGUGGCUGUGGUUACUGACCAUUUGAUAGCAAGAGGUGAUUUGCCAGUAGAAUGUAAGCAAUUAAUUGAAAUAACUUUGCUACUUGAUAAUUUAUUUGACAGCCUCAAUGGUAGUACAUUUAGCAUACCCAAUGGUAAAAUUUAUAAAGGACCAAUUAAAAGGCACUCACCUCAUCACCAACUGUGGCUGAAAGCUAAAGAAAUUUUAAAAACUGUAAAAUUCAUCCAAAAAAAGGUUACUGGAAAUAAAGUAUGUUUAGUGGAAACGACUAUACCUUCUGUGACAAAUUUUAUUAAAACUAUCAACGGUAUGGAAGUAAUUUGCAAAGUUUUGUUUGAUAAAUACGGCUAUGAUACAGUGUUAACACGUAAUUUUAAUCAGGACCCUGUAGAAAACUUUUUUGGGAACAUCAGAAGCUAUGGAGCCAGAAAUAUUGCCCCUAACACUAUUUCAUUUGAAGGGGCAUUUAAAGCAUUAUUAUUAAACAAUUAUAAUCUACCACAAUCCAAAAAAUCUAACUGUGAAGAAGAUAUGAAUGAGUGCCUUCAAGGCCUUCAUUUUUUUCUUAAUGAAAAACAAAGUAAUACUGUCGAUUCUGAUGUUCCCACUGAAGACAAAAUUAUUUUAAAUGAUAAUUUGUUACUAAAUUAUUCACUACAAGCAGAUGCUGGGCAACGAAAUUAUGUAUGUGGUUGGGUCUUGACUAAAUGUUUAAAAAAAGUUGUAAAAUCGUGUAAAUAUUGUAGACAGAACCUAACAGAUUCAAACAACCAAAAUGCCAGUAAUAGUUUUAUAAAAGUUAAAGAAUAUAAUAAAAAAAAAUGGUUGUGUUAUCCCAAUGAAGCAUUGCAAAAUUGUUUCCAUGACCUACAAAAUAUUACAGAGUCAUUUCUAAAAAAAGACGUUUCGAAAUGUAACAUAAAAAAACAGAUUAAAUCAAUUGCAGAUGUACUUGUGGAAUAUCCUUUUGAUUGCUGUCGACAUAAAGAAACAUUGAUAGAAUAUUUCACAGAUGUUUCAAUUAAUAUUAUAUUGCAUAGUUGGUGUAGAUCCAUUAACCGUAUUUUAUCCGGCAAAUUGACAUAUGUUGAUGGUGAAGAUGAUGUAAAAAUUGCAGCGCAAACAUAUUAUAAUAAACAUAGGCAUUAUAAAAAUAAAAGAUGA